UAUAUGGCAACUUUGCUGACAACGUGUCAACUUUGUCGAACGCGUAGCAAAUGCCAGCGACCGCGAAUAGAUGAGUUGUGAGUUGAACAGAACUUACAUUUCUCUUUCCAUUGAAUACACACACUCUAGUUGGUUAUCUAGUGACAGAAACAAGUAAAAAUGCCACCAGCACCAAGUUCGACGUCGGUUGGUUCGGGCAGCCGUUCCCCCAGCAAGGCCACCUCAGCGCCGCGAUCGUCCAGCGGCAGCGGCACCGUGAGGCAGAGGAAGACCACCACCACGACCGCGGCCAGGUCCCGGACCAGCGGCGCAGGCUCCGGCGGCAUGUGGCGCUUCUACACCGACGACUCCCCCGGCAUUAAAGUAGGUCCAGUCCCCGUGCUUGUGAUGUCUCUGCUCUUCAUUGCCUCAGUGUUUAUGCUCCACAUUUGGGGAAAAUACACUAGAGCUUAAGCCCAAUACAUUUAAGUUUAAAUUAUAAAGUUAAGGAGUGAAAGAGAGUGAGAUUGUGUUUUAUAUUUAAGUACUGUUAAUGGCUUAGAAUGUGGGAUUUAAUUUAAUAUUUAUCUAUGUAAAAGAUUUAUAAUUAAAAACUUGCAUCAAUA